AUGAAAAGGUUGCGAAUCCUGUUGCUGCUUUAUCCAAGCCUUCAUGUAGCCAAUCCCGGGAGCCCUGGUGUUGCGAAGGCUGGUGUGCGGUUUGCGAGCGGCAUGCGAGCUGAUCCUGGUCCCGACCUACGACAGCCUGAGACUUCCAGGGCACGCAUUGCUCUGAUUGGAGCCGGCUCCUGGGCGCAGGGAUGGCACCUACCUCACCUGCGGUGCAAUCCGGCGGCGCAUCUGGUGGCCAUCGUUGACCCUGCCGAGACGACCUGGAGCAAAUACAACUUGGACAUGAUGCCGACACCCGAGUUGGCAACACUCUAUGGGGUACCUUUGUUCCAAAGCUUCGCUGAGUUUCUGCAGUCGGACAUCACCAAGACCACGGAUGGUGUCAUUAUAUCCUCCACGCAUUCGACCCAUUGUGAACUAGGACUGCAGGCGGCAGCAGCUGGCUUCCACAUCCUCGUGGAGAAGCCGAUGACGGCCAAUGCUGCAGAGGCUGUGGCACUCGCGGCCGCUGCCGAACGCAUGAAAUCAUCGAAGAAAGCCUUCAUGGUGAACCACUCUGCCAACUUCACACGCCACGCACUUCGCGCCCGUGAGCUGGUGCAGAGCCACCUCGGGGAGAUCGAGCAUGUGACCUGCCACAUGAUCAGAGAGCGGGAGUUCUUCGAAGACCCGGAGAAUCGACUUUGGGUGGCCGCCGAGGGGUCCAUGACUGGAAAUGGGUUUGCUUGGGGGCAGAGCUGCCACACCCUGGCCUGGGUCUACAGGGUCACCGGGCUAGAGCCCGAAAGCGUUUUCUGCAAGAUGGCCUGCUCCAAGAAGACGGGUGCGGACAUCUUCACGUCGGCGCUGAUCCAGUGCGCCAAUGGGGCCACGAUCUGCUGCCAGGGCCUGGCCGGUUUGCCUGGUGGCAAUGCCGUCGGCUCCGCGUCCAAGAAAGGCAAGCUGAUCGAGAACAAGAUCUUUGGCUCCGAGGGAUGCCUCCUCUACAGCGGAGACGAUGCUGAUCCUGCCUCUGGCAAGCUGGAGCUGCUCCUACACAAUGGCUCGGUCGUAGUCGAGGACGGCUUCUUCUUCGAGAACACCUCGAAGGAGGGCCAUGGACCCGAAUCUCUGCAGUCCUUCCUGGCCGCUUGCAAAGGCGAGGAAGUCAUCAAUGCCGCCGAUGCGACGAACGGCCGACUGGUGGUUGAAACCAUUGACGCCAUGUACAAGAGCGCCAAAGACGGCUCAGUGGUGAAGAUUGGGAUGAAGUAA